AUGCACCACGCAAAGCAAGAUGGAGAAGUUGUGUUUAGCUGCUCCGCCACAGGCAAACCAGCUCCCACCAUAGAGUGGAACCUUUCAGAUGGAGACACAAUCGCAGAAGAACCACAGACAGUGACAGUAAAAAACAGCGACCACACGUUCAACACCAGCAGCAACAUAACUGUGAAAGUACCUCCCGGUUUGCGUGGACACGCGGCGUGUGUGCUGAACCGUGGAAAAAUUGGAGAGAGGGAAGAGAGGAUCGCUUUCUCCUCCUCUGCAUCGGCGGACGGGGACGACCAGAGAGCUCUAACAGCAGUGAUCCAAACACAGCAGACUGUGCUGGCAGCAAUGAGAGAAGAUGCUGAAGUCAGCUGUCAGCUCUUGGAGCCUAAAGACGUUGUUCAGGUCACAUGGCAGAAAAGCUUACAUGACGUGGAGACAAAUGUCGCCACCUACAGCAAGCAGUUUGGUCCGAGAGUGAAUGAUGGCUUUAAAGAUAAAUUUGAGUUUAAACACACUGGACUACAGAACUGCUCCAUAGUCAUCAAGAAUUUGACAGAGGAGGAUGAAGGCUGCUAUCGCUGUCUGUUUAACACUUAUCCUGAAGGAGCCUUUAUCGAUAUAACCUGCCUCCAACUCUAUGGUUCACGUAAACACAGCACACAGGUGGGAUGUGCAGCACGAGUGCUCUCUGCUCCUCACAGAGAGGUGAUGGUGACGAUUCCUCAUGAUGGUAGUGGUGAUGAUGAUGAUGAUGAUGAUGAUGGUCUUGAUGAUAAAUCAGGAUCUAAUCCCAGGAAUUUAGGAAUCAGGAUUUCAGUGACUUUAUCCUCUGUGGUGUUGGUGCUCGCUGUUCUCAUCUUUGUCUGGCUUAGAAAGAAAUCUCAGAACAGUCUUUCACACAUGGCGAUUCAGUCGAAUGAAACACCUGAAACUGCAAACAGAGACACUGAGGAGACUGAUACACAAGAGUACAGGGAAGUCAGACAAGAGACUCCUGAGCAAACUGAACAAAAUCAUAACCAAGUGUUGUCAUCAGCACCUGCAAGAAGACUCAUUUUUGAUGAAAACUGAAACAAAGAUUUGAAUGACAGAAAGUAUCCCACAAGAUGGUGUAUAAGAACUUCUUUUAUUUAUGUAUUAUUCACAUUAAUUAAUUGUAUACUGCCUUAGUGCCACUGGACUUUAGCAUGUUUCACAUUCAUGCAGUUCGACAGAUGGUGGGGGCCUGGUAAGGAAGUUGGGGGGAAGCAGACCACUCCACAGGAAGAGUCUUUUGUCUCUUAGGCUUAGUCCACACUAAUGUGUUUUAGUUUGAAAAUGCAUCGUUUUUCUCCGUUUUGGCCUCGUGUCCACACUGAGACUUUUGAAAACUCUCCCGAAAACGCAGACUUUCUAAAACGAAGGACGCAUUUUAGUCAUGUGAUGCAGUCAUGUGACCAAUUAAACAAAGAUAGCGGAGUGCAUUAUACAGCAGUUGUUUUGAUGGCUCUCAAUUUUGACAGCCCUAAAAAAAGAUUCAGUUUGUACAUGCUCCAGAUAGCUUUUCUUCAAAUUUUCUAAUUAACACUCGCUUUUGCGCAUGCGCAGUGUUGGAACAUAAGCGUUUUCGGCUGUUUCAAUGUGGACGCACAACUCUGUGAAACUGAAAACACUAGUGUGAUGAAAACGCCUUUUUCAAAUCUAUCCAGGCUAGUGUGGACGUAGCCUGAGAGACUCUGCUGACCGUCUCUCCACCUAGCUUAGCUUUCUGUUCUUAGUUUUGAUUAAAGAAUGUUAGCUACCGCUCACCACUUGUCUGCAGGCUUUAUUUAAUGGAAAACUUCCACAACGACGGUAACAACAAAGAAGUUCAAUCCUGAACAAAAACAAAGGACUACACCAAAAUAAAUCAUCAUACUGGGGCUUAAUUAACUUUCUGUUUACCAUAAUGAAUUUUUUACACAACUGUACCGUGUCUGUAAUUAUGUAACAUACUGUAAAUAUGAAAAAUAUGUCUGUUUGUUUUCACUGUGCAUAUUUUCAUGUUGUUGUUCUUUUUAGUGUUCUAGGUUAGAGAAGUAAUCAAAUAUGUAAAAAAUACAUAUACUGCAUAUAAUUGUUUAUGUUUUGUUU